AUGGUCAACAAAGAAAUCCAAGAAAAACUCACAGCCUUUGUCGCUGAACGAGACUGGGCACAGUUUCAUACCCCCGAAAACCUCGCCAAAAGCGUUUCCAUCGAAGCCGCCGAGCUCCUUGAGUGCUUCCAGUGGAGCGCAGAGCCUGAUCCGAAACGAGUGCAGGAAGAACUCGCAGAUGUCUUGACAUACUGUCUACUUCUUGCUGACAAUAUGGGUGUCGACCCGGACAAGAUUGUGUUGGAUAAGCUUGAGAUCACACGGAAGAAGUACCCUGUUGAUAAAGCGAAGGGAAGCAGCAAGAAGUACGACCAGCUUGAUGAUAGUAAAGCUUAA